UCCUCCUGGAGGACGAUGACCCUGGGCUGGUUGUUUGGACAGUCUCUCUGUUUGUCAGUUUUCACCGUGACGGAGACGGAGUUGGACACAUCGCUAUGACGACUGAGUACCACGACAACCUGGAAAAUGACAACAACUCCUUCUGGAAUAAAGAGCCGGCUCCUGGCUACUUCUCAGGCGUCUCCAGGUUCAGACGCUGGUUGUUUCCUGGUCUGACGGCGACAAUCAUCCUCAUUCUGAUCAUAGCGCUGGGAGCUAGUAACUCUAGCAUGUCCAGCUGGUUGUGGUCUGUGGACGGACGUGUGUCCAACCUCACCGAGUCAUUGGGCGCCUCCCAGAAGCUCACCCAAGAUGCAGCCAACGACGUUCACCGCCUCAAGUUUGCUGUGGAGAGUAACAGGGACCAGCUGACCUCAGUGGCCGAGGCGUUGAAGCAGCUCGCAGCUCUGGACUCCAUCAGCAGGACGGUCGCCACACUCAAGUGUUCCCUCGCACACAUCAUCAACAACAGUUCGGUGGCUGAUGGCUGUUGUCCGCUGGAUUGGGAAAGUUUUGGUUCCAGCUGUUAUUUUUUCAGCAGGAUAGUUUUACCCUGGCAUGAAGCUAAAGACUGGUGCAACGGACACGAGUCCCACUUGGUCAUCCUCAUCAACGACAAGGAGUGGGACUUCGUCAACCAGCAUAUCAUGGGGGUCCUGUACUGGAUCGGUCUGAGUGACGAGAGGACGGGGGAGUGGGAGUGGGUCAACCAGACGCCCUACGUAAUGAAUCGGAGGCACUGGUUUCCCGGUCAGCCGGACAGCUGGACGAAUCACAACCUGGGUCCGGGUGACGAGGACUGCGCCCAGAUGGUGAACGGACGCCUCAACGACCUGCACUGCUCUUCCAGGCUACGCUUCAUCUGCCAGAGGCGCAGCUGAGAGGCUCCGCCCACACCCUCCAGCUAGAUACCGUCUGCUGAUUGGAUCGGCCGCUCGAUGACAUCACACCGUCUGGCCAAUCGCAACCUCCAGAGCAAAGGCAGCUCACUUCAGAUCAGUGAAUCAGUCCGCUACUAGUAUACAGACAUGUGUACAUGCAUACGUCCGCCUACAUGUAAAUAUAUAUGUAUAUAUAUAUAUAUUUACAUAUAUAUAUA